GGAAAACCAGCACUCGAGGAGUGGCUGCGUCGGCAUGACGACGCGAGGAAUCACAGCGACGAGUGCCGUCGAGUUCCUCAGGAUCUGCGGACAGCUAAAGCGCUUGAAACGCACGGGAUGGGUCAACCAUAAAGUGAACGGCCCGGAGUCUGUCGCCGAUCAUAUGUAUCGAAUGGCUAUGUGCACGCUGCUGCUUGACGGGGAUUCGUCCGUGGACAAAACGCGAUGUAUCAAGAUGGCCAUCGUCCAUGACUUGGCCGAAUCGUACGUCGGCGACAUCACUCCUCACGAUGGCGUAUCGAAUGCAGAAAAGCAUCGUCUCGAACUGAACGCGAUCAACGAAAUCUGCCACAAGCUCGGACACUCUCAAGCAGCGCUCGAAAUCAAGGAGCUGUGGCACGAAUACGAGGACGCAGCGACCGACGAAGCCAAGCUCGUCAAGGACAUUGACAAAUUUGAAAUGAUUUUGCAAGCCGACGAGUACGAAACGGCGCAAGACAACCUGCACUUGGACCAGUUCUUCACAAGUACCGACGGCAAGUUCCAAACGCCGCUGGUGCAGUCGUGGGUUCAAGAACUCAGCGCGCAACGGCGUACGCGACGGACUGGCGCUUCGACCCACGCAUCGACUUGACCGUCAUGAAAAGCACACUCUCUCGUUUGUCCGUCA